AAUCAUAGUUUGAGUUUCAGUCAGCAUAGACAGACCUCGAUCAUAAAGAUGCGUGCUUUCACUGUCUGCCUCUUGGCCUGUAUGGCCGUCUCAGCUUACGGGAUCGCCUCGUACAACACUGCUACAGAGGAGAUCCAAAACCGCUAUCUCGUUGCUCUCAACGACGAGGUCGAUGUUGGCCAGAUUGCUGAUCGUCUUCAGAAGGCUCUGAACACUCGUCGCUUCCAUCUUGGCAAGGUUCUCAAGACCUUCACUGCCGUCAGGGCUCUGUCUCUUGAGCUCAGCGAGGAAGCCGUUGACUUCGUUCGUCGCUUUGAUGGCAUCGUAACUGUUGAAGAGGAUGGUGUUGUCCGCACUCAGGCCGUCGCUUCCUGGGGUCUUGACCGUAUCGACCAGAGGAACCUUCCUCUUAAUAACAACUAUAACUCAAACUACGAUGGAUCUAACGUCAACGUCUACGUCGUCGAUACCGGUAUUUGGCAAACCCACAACGACUUCGGCCGUCGUGGCGCCGUAUUUUACGAUGCUGUCGGAGGCAAUGGCGCUGACUGCAACGGACACGGAACUCACUGCGCCGGUACCGUAGGAGGUAUCCAAUACGGAGUCGCGAAGAACGCCAACCUGUUCGGUGUUCGUGUUCUCAACUGUCUUGGAUCUGGCUCAUUCAGCGGAAUCGUUGACGGUAUGAACUACGUCGCCCUCUACGGCAGCAAACCAGCGGUUGUAUCCAUGUCUCUCGGAGGUGGAGCAUCCUCCCUCAUCGACAACGCUGUCAGGAGCCUCUUCAACAGGGGAUUCUUUGUCUCCGUGGCCGCUGGAAACAGCAACGACAACUCCUGCAACUACUCCCCAGCUCGUUCCGGCUACGCCAUGACUGUCGGUGCCACCGACAACAGGGACGCUCGUGCUUCCUUCUCUUGCUACGGCUCCUGCGUCAAUAUAUGGGCUCCUGGUGUAGACAUCACCUCCGCCUGGAUCCGAUCCGACAGUGCUACCAACACCAUCAGCGGUACCUCCAUGGCCUGUCCACACGUCUCAGGUGUCGCCGCCCUGAUGCUCCAGAACAACCCCAACACUGACCCAGGCACCCUCGGAAAUGCCAUGCUGAGCAACGCUACACCAGGACUGGUCACCGACAUCGGUUUCCUCUCACCAAAUCAACUCCUCUUCACCGUCUAAAUGUUAUACAUUACGACUUUUUGUGAUGAGUGCAAUACAUGAACUAGAAUAAAAUGAAUACAAUUGUGAUUAUGUAACUCAGAAUAUUAGAGGUAAAUGCA